CUGGUGUUUCAGUUCUGGCGCUGCUCUUCUGUUGUGUUCAUCAGAGCCUCAUUCAGCGUUAAUUAAAAACUACAGCGCACACUUUCAUUUCAGACAUGGACGUAUGAGUGUGCGUGAAGGUGUGUGCUCGUGAUGGCGGUCCCGAUGGAGACUCAGCUGCAGAGCAUCUUUGAGGAUGUAGUGGUGGGUGAUGCAGCACACACACUUCUCAUCCAUUCAUCACAGUAACAACAACAGCAGCAGUCACAUCUCAAUCAUUGAGAAAACGGAGGUGAUCGAGGAGGCGUUUGCUGGCAUGUUCAUGGACAGCCCUGAGGAUGAGAAGACCAAACUCACAAGCUGUUUAGGAGCCUUUAGGCAGUUCUGGAGUACCCUGCCGCAGGAGUCUCAUGAGCAGUGUGUGCAGUGGAUCGUGCGCUUCAUUCAUGGUCAGCACAGCCCCAAACGCAUCGCCUUCCUCUACGACUGUCUGGCCAUGGCGGUGGAGACCAGCCUGCUGCCACCCAGGAUGGUGUGUCAGGCUCUCAUCAGCUCCGACAGUCUGGAGUGGGAACGGACUCAACUCUGGGCUUUGACCUUCAAACUCAUCCGCAAAAUCAUCGGAGGAGUCGACUAUAAGGGUGUGAGAGAUCUAUUGAAGGCCGUGUUGGACAAGAUUCAGACCAUCCCCAACUUUGUGAGCUCAGCUGUGGUUCAGCAGCUGCUCGCGGCACGAGAGGUUGUGGAGUAUAUACUGGACCGCAACGCCUGUCUGCUGCCGGCGUACUUCGCUGUGACUGAGAUCCGGAAACUUUGUCCAGAGGGGGCGCUCUCACACUGGCUGUUGGGCAGCCUGAUAUCUGACUUUGUCGACAGUUUCAGACCGACGGCACGUAUAAACUCCAUAUGUGGGCGCUGCAGUCUUCUGCCUGUGGUCAAUAAUUCUGGGGCCAUCUGUAACUCAUGGAAGCUGGACCCCACCACUCUGCGUUUCCCUCUGAGAGGAAUGCUGCCGUAUGAUAAGGACCUGUUUGAUCCGCAGACAGGGUUGCUGAGGUAUGUGCUGGAGCAGCCGUACUCCAGAGACAUGGUGUGCAACAUGCUGGGCCUCAACAAACAGCACAAGCAGAGGUGUCCGGUUCUGGAGGACCAGCUGGUGGAUCUGGUGGUUUAUGCCAUGGAGCGCUCUGAGACUGAGGAGCAGUUUGAUGACGGCGGCACCAGCCAGCUCCUGUGGCAGCAUCUGUCCAGCCAGCUCAUCUUCUUCGUCCUCUUCCAGUUUGCCAGCUUCCCUCACAUGGUGCUGUCGCUCCAUCAGAAGCUGGCAGGUCGGGGUUUGAUCAAGGGCAGGGAUCAUCUGAUGUGGGUUCUGCUGCAGUUCAUCUCCGGCAGCAUUCAGAAGAACGCUCUGGGAGACUUUCUCCCCGUCAUGAAGCUCUUCGACCUGCUGUACCCUGAGAAAGAGUGUAUUCCAGUCCCGGACAUCAACAAGCCCCAGUCCACACACGCAUUCGCCAUGACCUGCAUCUGGAUUCACCUCAACCGCAAAGCCCAGAACGACAACUCCAAACUGCAGAUCCCCAUCCCACACUCACUGAAGCUGCACCAUGAGUUUCUCCAGCAGAGUCUGCGCAAUAAGAGUUUGCCCAUGACAGACUAUAAAAUCGCUCUGCUGUGUAACGCCUACUCCACCAACUCCGAGUGCUUCACGCUGCCCAUGGGCGUCCUGGUGGAGACCAUCUACGGCAAUGGUAGCAUGCGCAUCACUCUGCCAGGCACCAAUUGCAUGGCGUCCGGCUCUGUCACGCCACUGCCCAUGAACCUGCUGGACUCCCUAACCGUCCAUGCUAAGAUGAGUUUGAUCCACAGCAUCGCCACCCGUGUUAUUAAACUAGCCCACGCUAAGUCCAGUCUGGCUCUGGCUCCUGCGCUGGUGGAGACGUACAGCCGGCUGCUGGUCUACAUGGAGAUUGAGUCGCUCGGCAUCAAGGGAUUCAUCAGUCAGCUUCUGCCGAAUGUGUUCAAGUCUCACGCGUGGGGGAUUCUGCACACACUGCUGGAGAUGUUCAGCUACCGCAUGCACCACAUUCAGCCUCAUUACCGCGUGCAGCUCCUGUCCCAUCUGCACUCGCUCGCCGCUGUCCCACAGACCAAUCAGAACCAGCUGCACCUCUGUGUUGAAAGCACAGCUCUGCGCCUGAUCACGGCUCUGGGUAGUUCCGAGGUUCAGCCUCAGUUCACACGGUUCCUCAACGACCCAAAAACAGUGCUGUCGGCCGAGUCUGAGGAGCUAAACCGAGCACUCAUCCUCACACUGGCCCGGGCCACUCACGUCACAGAUUUCUUUACAGGCUCGGACUCGAUUCAGGGCACUUGGUGUAAAGACAUCCUGCAGACCAUCAUGAACUUCACACCUCAUAACUGGGCCUCUCACACUCUUAGCUGUUUCCCUGCUCCACUGCAGGCGUUCUUCAAGCAGAAUAAUGUCCCUCAGGAGAGCCGCUUCAACCUGAAGAAGAACGUGGAGGAGGAGUACAGGAAGUGGAAGUCCAUGACCAAUGAGAACGACAUCAUCACCCACUUCUCCAUGCAGGGCUCGCCGCCGCUCUUCCUGUGUCUGCUGUGGAAGAUGCUGCUGGAGACGGACCACAUCAACCAAAUCGGCUUCAGGGUUCUGGAGCGCAUCGGGGCGCGAGCGCUGGUGGCUCAUGUGCGCACGUUUGCCGACUUCCUGGUGUACGAGUUCUCCACAUCCGCUGGCGGACAGCAGCUAAACAAGUGCAUCGAGAUCCUGAACGACAUGGUGUGGAAGUACAAUAUCGUGACCCUGGAUAGACUCAUCCUCUGCCUGGCGAUGAGGAGUCACGAAGGGAACGAGGCUCAGGUCUGCUACUUCAUCAUCCAGCUUCUCCUGCUCAAACCCAACGACUUCCGCAACCGCGUCAGUGACUUUGUGAAGGAGAACGCUCCAGAACACUGGCUGCAGAGCGACUGGCACACCAAACACAUGACCUACCACAAGAAGUAUCCAGAGAAGCUGUAUUUCGAGGGUCUGGCGGAGCAGGUCAAUCCUCCUAUCCAGCUGCAGUCUCAGUAUCUGCCCAUUUACUUCGGCAACGUGUGUCUGCGCUUCCUCCCCGUGUUCGACAUCGUCAUCCACCGCUUCCUGGAGCUGCUGCCGGUCUCCAAAUCCCUGGAGACGCUGCUCGAUCAUCUGGGAGGACUCUACAAGUUUCAUGAUCGGCCGGUGACGUACCUGUACAACACGCUGCAUUAUUAUGAGAGGCACCUACGCGACCGCACAAACCUGAAGAGGAAGCUGGUGCAUGCCAUCAUGAGCUCGCUGAAGGACAAUCGAACACCCGGCUGGUGCCUUAGCGAGACCUACCUGAAGUGCGGCAUGAACGCCCGUGAAGAUAAUGUCUGGAUCCCUGACGACACCUACUACUGCAAACUCAUCGGACGCCUCGUGGAUACCAUGGCAGGUAAAUCUCCAGGCCCGUUCCCCAACUGUGACUGGAGGUUUAACGAGUUCCCGAACCCGGCCGCUCAUGCGCUGCACGUCACCUGUGUGGAGCUGAUGGCUCUGGCGGUCCCGGGGAAAGACGUGGGCAAUGCUCUGCUUAAUGUGGUGCUCAAGAGUCAGCCGCUGGUGCCUCGAGAGAACAUCACGGCCUGGAUGAACGCCAUCGGACUGGUCAUCACCGCUCUGCCUGAGCCCUACUGGAUCGUCCUGCAUGACCGUAUCGUGAGUGUGAUCAGCAGUGCGGUGCUCAGCUCUGGGUCAGAUUGGCUGGGUUACCCAUUCCAGCUUCUGGACUUCACCGCUUGCCAUCAGUCCUACUCAGAGAUGCACUGCAGUUACGUUCUGGCUCUGGCUCACGCCGUGUGGCAUCACUCCAGCAUCGGCCAGCUCUCGCUCAUACCCAAGUUCCUGUCGGAGGUCCUGAAGCCCAUCGUGAAGACUGAGUUCCAGCUGCUGUACGUUUAUCAUCUGGUGGGCCCGUUUCUGCAGCGCUUCCAGCAGGAGAGAACCAGAUGCAUGCUGGAGAUUGGAGUGGCGUUUUAUGAGAUGCUUCAGGCUGUGGAUCAGCACAGCAACCACCUGGCCUACAUGGACCCCAUCUGUGACUUCCUGUACCACAUCAAAUACAUGUUUACUGGGGACAGUGUCAAAGACCAGGUGGAGCGCAUCAUCUGUUCUCUGCGUCCAGCAAUGCGUCUUCGUCUACGCUUCAUCACACACAUCAGUAAGAUGGAGCCGGCGGCGGUGCCCGUGUCCAACAGCAGCAGCGUCCAGCAGACCAGCAGCGCCUCCUCACCCACAGCACAGAGCACUGCUGGAGCCGCCAUACCACUGUCUGUGACACAGUGAUACACACACACACACACACCUGACACACAACACUAACACAUUACAAUGAACAAACCAUCACACACACACACACGACAUGCACAACACAGUGAACAGACCAUCACACACAAACAGACACCCUGCCUUAUGCUCAUCUAGAAGGAGCUGAACUGAUGAACUGUUGCAUUUAUGGUUAAACCUUUUCUAGAGCCUGAACUUUUGAUUCCGCAGCGUCUGUUUUUAUUUCUCUUCUGCAUUCAAUCAUGUUCAUUAGCAUUUUUGUUUCAUCUGUAAUAAAUAGUCCUGGGUUAA